GGAUAUAGCCAGACUUUGUCCAGAGGUGGACCUAAUUCUAAGAGCUGAAACCAUUACAGUGGUUAAAAAGAGUGGCAAACAAGUUCCGUCGGUGAAAACAUAUUUCUGUUCGAAAUUUCUGGCCAAAAUUCAAUUCGAUACUUUUGGCAAUCUUAAAGAUUUUAAAGCAGAACCCAAUUUACUUGAACUCCGGGAGGAAAAACAGCUUACUUUUGUAGAACAACAUCGUUUUAGACGGGAGGGCAAUGCUUCAUCACCUGCCAGUAGCAAGUUACUUCUGAAAGGGAAUACUUGCCAGGAGGAAGAGUGCCUUUUGGGUAAUUUCCUGACGGACGCCAUGGUCUAUGCUCGGAUGUUGGAGGACAAGGCGGGAAGUUACUGGACGGAUGCAUCCAUCGCCUUGUUACACGCAGGAGCCAUACAAGGUUCUAUAUCCAGUGGAGCCAUUAGUGACGACGCCAUCAAUAGUGUGUUGCCAGUGGUGGACGAUCUGAUGGUCAUCCAGAUGAGUGGAAAAAACCUUUGGGCAACCCUAGAGCAUUCGGCCGAAGCGAGGCUAAAGUCGGAUGAGGGAGGAUUCCUUCAGGUGUCUGGCCUGAUAGUGGAGUGCAACUUCAGGGGACCAAGGACCAGCAGAGUGGAAUUUGUAGGAGCCUUGUGCACCAAAUGCGAAGUGCCCGCCUUUGCACCUCUCCACCAAACUGACAUCUACAGCGUGAUAGUUCCAUAUUCUCUCCUAAAAGGCGGCGAAGGACACGAUCUUGGUCAAUAUAAUAUUUCGAAACCAAAGAAAAUGCGUUGGAAUAAUAGGAAGGCCGCCAUGGAGUACGUAAAACGAUGCAAUAUUAUCUAUCCGGAGAUCGAGGGACGCAUUUCUGAUAAGAACCGCGAUUCUGGACAACAAUCUGGAAUUGUGGUUUCUAUGAACAUAAUAGUCCUUUCAUACUUGCUAACAAAAUUGUGUUAGUUUCUCGUAGAUGGUGUAGGGAUUUUUGUAGCUAUUCUCAGUUUCAAUAAAUAUUUAACAUUUUUGUA